UGCAGUACCUUCGAAUCAAACUGGAUCAAGCAGAACAAUUCCUCCCCUAAGGAGAAUCCAGCCGAUUCUUGUCUUGAAUCUUUAUCUACUGCAAACGAUGAUGCUGCAGACCACAAAAUUCAUCAGAGGUUUGCGCUCCUGAGGAGCAUAGGGAGUGCACCAACGAGGACGACCUGAGGGCGCUGCUGAAGAAGAAGAACGCCCCGGUCUGCUACGUCUGGUGCGAUCCCUCCCCGUCGAUGCACAUAACCAAGGGCACCACCAUGGCGAUCAACGUGAACAAGCUGCUCGAAGCCGGCUGCAAGGUCAAGAUAUUCAUGGCGGACUGGUUCGCUCUCACAAACCACAACGUCAGUCUGAGAAAAGUCCAUGACGUUUGCGCGUACACCACCGAGAUGUGGAGAACAGUCGGCAUGCACCUCGACGAGGUGGAGCUCGUUCGCGCGUCGGACGAGGUCAGCCGCGACACGCACCGAUACUGGCCGCUAGACAUGAAAGUCGCGAGGAGGACCAAGCUCAGCGACAUGGUGGAGUGCAUCCUUUCAUCGAAGGACAUGAGGCUGUACGGGAGCUUCCUGUACCAGCCGAAGGGACUCUUCUCCGACGAGGUCUUCGACACGUGCCUGCACUCCGCCGCCAUACUGUCCCGCGACGAAGCGGACGUGUGGCUGCUGGACAUCGGCCAGCGCGCGAGCAACAAGGUGGUCGAGCGCUACCGCGAGCGGGAAGCGGCUAUGCGCGAGGAUCGGCAUCGGCCGGUCGUCGCCUUGUCCCACGGCGUGCUGCCCAGCCUGCUCGAGUACCCGGAGAUAGAGAUGUUCGGGGACCCAAGGUGGGCGAUCUACAUGGAGGACACGGAGUGGGAGGUCGGCCGGGCGAUGCGGAAGGCGUUCUGCCCGCCGGGAACCGCGGACGGCAAUCCGUGCCUGGAGUACAUCAGGCAGAUAAUCUUUCCUCUGUUUGGGAAGUUUGAGGUGGCCACGUUGUAA